AUGGACGACUCAAACAUCCCUCCCAAUCAACCAGCAAUCACGCUCCCACCCCUCCCAUCAACACAACCACAUCAUCCCACCCCUCGAAUCCACCCCUCCUCCCUCAUCCACCCCUCCUCUCUCCCCCUCAUCCACCCAACCGCCACCGUCGGAGCCUUCUGCCUCAUCGGCCCCAACGUCACCAUCUCCGCCCGUACCACCCUCCUCUCCCACGUUUCCAUCUCCUCCAACACCACCCUCGGCACCGACUGCACCAUCCACCCCUUCUCCGUCCUAGGCGGCCCCUCCCAAGCCCUAGCCGACAAAUCCCAACCUCCCAACACCGGCAAGCUCACCAUCGGAAACUCGUGCACCAUCCGCGAGGGCGUAACCUGCAACGUCGGCUUUUCGGCCAAAGGAACAGUGAUAGGAAAUGGGUGUCUACUCAUGGCCAACAGCCACGUUGCUCACGACUGUGUCUUGGGGGAUGAGGUCAUCCUCGUGAACGGGGUCCUCCUGGCUGGGCAUGUAACGGUGGGGAGGGGAGCGAUUUUUGCGGGCAUGGGAGGGACCGUUCAGUUUGUGAGGGUUGGGGAGUACGCCUAUGUUGGGGGGGCGACGGUGGUGAGCAGGGAUGUUUUGCCGUAUAGUAUGGUCAAGGGGUAUAGAGGGAGGACGGUGGGGGUUAACGCUGUGGGCCUGAAGAGGAGGGGGUGGACGGGGGAGAGAAUUCAGUGGGUGGAGAGGGCUGUGAGGGCUGUGUCGAGGGGGGAUCAGGAAGAGCUGAGUGAACUGGUGAAAAGAGUUGGAAGCACAGGAAAGGAUGAUCUAAUGAGGGUGGUAGAUUUUGCGAGGGAGUCAGAAAUAGGGAUGUGUUCAUUGCAUAGGAAGGUAAGCGGGGGAGCAAAGCUGUGA